AUCUAUCUAAGUCUAAGAUUUUAGAUAUAUACAUAUAUAUUCUUAAAAUAAUUUCAGAAAACAAAUCUAUUUUUAUUUUAAGUUUAGUUAAUUUAUAUUUAGUUAAUUCAAUUAUAUGUAGUUAAAACAAAUACUAAAAUAUGAUUCUUGGUAUAGCAUACAAAUAAUUCAAUGAAAAAAAUAAUCUAUGAUUUUUCAAAAAUUGAUUACUAACCUUCUUUAGUUUUAUCAGAUUUGUCGAGAGCAGCUUCACCCCAUCUAUAGUGAAAUUCUUAAUUUUGUAGUUUGUAUGUAAUUAUACUACAAUAUAUUUUAUUUUCUAUUUUAUUAGGUUAUCAAAACGAUAUAUGAGUUAUGUAUUUAAAAAAUAUUUUCAUCGAUUAUAUGGUUGUUGUGUUUUCAGGAAUUUCCAAUUUACGUUCCUUCAAGACUUUUGAUCUUAAGUUUUGCAAGGCUUUUGAAUUUUUUUAGAACAAUACGACUUAUCAUUCGAAAUUGGAAGAUGCAAUUAUUAUUAUUUACUUACGAAUUCUGUCAGCAAUUUGUUAUAAGAAGAAUUCACCAGCUAUACUCUUCAGCCAUUUGAUCCAUAUUUUAGUAAUUCGAAUGAGUUAAAAUUUUAUAAUAUCUGAGGAGACAAAAAAUUGGGUGAAAGCCAUUUGUAUUAUAAUUUUUUGUGAGGGUGACAUUAAGUUUGGUUAUUAAAAAUAUAUGAAUUAUUUUCAAUUCCAUUACAAAAGACAUUACUCUGUACAUAUGUCAGGCUCAAUAUAAAAGAAAGAUCAUGUGGGUGGAGAUUAUUAUAUUUUUCUAUAUAAUACUACGUACCUGCAGUUUUCAAAGGGGGUGUAGGAGGUGGGUUCUCCAUUCCUUUCAUAUCUGGACCUUAGAAGAAAACCAAUUGUCAGAUAGAGAGCCAUAUUAAGAUUUGUAUUCUUUUGGCUUGUAAAAGAAUUUCUUAUACUUGCGUAGUCUUUUGGAGUAGUGCUUUGGUUAGAGCUUGGUAGAUAGUUCCUAUGGUGAUUUCACUAUUGAUUUUGGUGAUAUGAAACAGAAAGCUAGGUUUUUCUGUAGUGUUUUUAGAAAUAGUGUCUUUUCACUUUUUCUUAUGACGAAACCUUGGAAAUUUAAUUCUCUCUGAGGAAGGUUGAAGAAGGAUGUUAAUGGUUAAGAUAUGAGAAUAUUUUUUUUUACGUUAUUGGAAGAAAAUAACAUUUACUCUCUUGGGUUUGACUUGUUCUAUAAGGCCUUAAUUUAUGCUAUUCAAUACUUCUGUUAAUUCUUUUAUUUUAGUUUUUUAAAAUAUUUGGAAAUGAGAUUAUUCUUGUGGUUAAUUGAUAGAUUCUGCUGCUUUUACGUGAAAAUCUAUAUUAUCAGUCUAGAUUGUCUUCUUACCUUCUCUGCAUGAUCUCAUGAGCAAGUUCUUUCGCACCAUUGACUGGUAUUAUUCCAUUUUCACAAAGACUAUGUAAAACCCCAUUUUCACAAAGACUGGUAUUAUUCCAUUACAUGUCUUCUACACCAAGACUUAGCCUUUACUUCUGUUACCGUUACUCCUCUUCUCAGCCACUAUCUACGCCGCUCCUUUCCCUCUCCCCAACCCCAUCUCCAACCAUCUCCCCCGUCCCACGCACCUCCCCCACUCCCCCUCGCACAUCCUCCACCUCCCCACUCGACCCAAAGCAGCUCAAAGCCUUCGAAUCCCUCAACAUCCCCACCCUCAAGAACCCCUGCGACCACCACCACCCCUCCUCCUCCAAAAAACCCCCCACCACCGUCGUAACCUGCGACACCGGCUCCCCAUUCCGCCUCGUCACCUCCCUCUCCUUCACAAACUGCUCCUCCGAUCUCUCCAUCUCCUCCACAGCCCUCAAAGCCCUUUCCCCCUCCCUCACCUCCCUCUCUUUCCACAACUGCCCUUCCCUCUCCGCUCCCCCUCACCUCCCGGACUCGCUCCACUCCUUCUCCGCCGUCUCCUCCUUCCCCCGCCUCUCGGGACUCUCCCUCGCUCGCCUCGUCAACCUCACCGACAUCACUGUCUCCUCCGUCCCUGUCUCCACCUCGGGGCUAUUCGUCAUCCUCGGGAACAUGCACGACAUCGUCUCCCUCACCAUCUCCCACGCCAAUCUCUCCGGGAACAUCCCAAAAUCCUUCCACUCGAAUCUCACAUUCAUCGACUUAUCGGAUAAUCUCAUCAAAGGACCAAUACCCACUUCGAUUACUCUCCUCUCCAGCCUCAAAGCUUUAAACUUGUCGUCGAACUUGAUCUCCGGCGAGAUACCCGACAGCAUCGGGAGUCGAAAAUUGAAUGUGUGAAAGUGAAUCGAUGAGAACUCAGCCGAGAAGGUUUCAAGCCGAGAAGACGAAGUGGGGAGGAGAAGAGACGGCGUGGAUCCAUAGUAGGGUUGGAAGCUCUUUUUGAAUUGGGCUAAUUGCUUUUUAUUCGAACUGGGCUAAUAACACUCUCUUGACCCACUGUCGUUGGACAUUUUUCACUUAAUAUAGGUACAUUAGAAACAAAAGCCCAAAAUUUUAAUUGAAAUGUUCUGAUUGGCUAAAUUUAAUAAGUGACGUGGACAGCUUUAGAAGGCUUUAUUAGUUCCUUUUAGUAUAGUAUAGAUUACUCCACUCGCUUUUAAAUUAGAAGACAACAAGAUCCACAGAG